CUGGGACGAGGGGGUGGGGGACGGACGAGCCCCGAUGCCGGGGGAGACGGAAGAGCGGAGAUCCCCGGAGCAGCAGGACCAGGAAGGGGGAGAGGCGGCGGCGGCGGCAGCGGCAGCCAAGGCGGCCCCCGAAGAAGCGUUACAACGGUCUGUGGGGCCGGCGGCAGCGGCGGCGCCCGCGGGGACCACGAGCAGCCGCGUGCUGAGGGGAGGUCGGGACCGAGGCCGGGCCGCCGCCGCCGCUGUGUCCCGCCGGAGGAAGGCGGAGUAUCCCCGUCGGCGGAGGAGCAGUCCGGGCGCCAGGCCUUCGGACGCGCCCGGAUCGCAGUCCCAGGCCACGAAGGCCCCGUCUCCAGUUCAGGGCAAGAAGAGUCCGCGACUCCAAUGCAUAGAAAAAAUAACGACUGAUAAAGAUCCCAAGGAAGAGAAAGAAGACGACGAGUCUGUCCUCCCUCAGGAAGCUUCUAUUGCUGCAGCUAGACCCAGCCGGGGCUGGCGUAGCAGCAGCAGGACAUCCAUCCCUCGUCUUCGAGAUACUGAGAAUACUCGAAGCUCUCGGUCCAAGACUGGCUCAUUACAGCUCAUCUGCAAAUCAGAACCAAUUACAGAUCAACUUGAUUAUGAAGUUGUGGAAGAACAUCAGUCUCCCGGUGGCAUUAGUAGUGAUGAGGAAGAGGAAGAAGAAGAGAUGUUGAUCAGUGAAGAGGAAAUACCAUUCAAAGAUGACCCAAGAGAUGAAACCUACAAACCCCAUUUAGAAAGGGAAACCCCAAAGCCACGAAGAAAAUCAGGGAAAGUGAAAGAAGAAAAAGAAAAGAAGGAAAUUAAAGUAGAAGUAGAAGUAGAGGUGAAAGAAGAAGAGAAUGAAAUUAGGGAAGAUGAGGAACCUCCUAGGAAGAGAGGAAGAAGGCGAAAAGAUGACAAAAGCCCACGAUUACCUAAAAGGAGAAAAAAGCCUCCAAUCCAGUAUGUCCGCUGCGAGAUGGAAGGAUGUGGCACUGUUCUUGCUCACCCUCGCUACCUGCAGCACCACAUUAAAUACCAGCAUUUGCUGAAAAAGAAAUAUGUGUGUCCCCAUCCUUCCUGUGGACGACUCUUCAGGCUCCAGAAACAACUUCUGCGACAUGCCAAACAUCAUACAGAUCAAAGGGAUUAUAUCUGUGAAUACUGUGCUCGGGCCUUCAAGAGCUCCCACAAUCUGGCAGUACACCGGAUGAUUCACACUGGCGAGAAGCCAUUACAAUGUGAGAUCUGUGGAUUUACGUGUCGACAGAAGGCGUCCCUUAAUUGGCACAUGAAGAAGCAUGACGCAGACUCCUUCUACCAGUUCUCUUGCAAUAUCUGUGGGAAAAAAUUUGAGAAGAAGGACAGUGUAGUGGCACACAAAGCAAAAAGCCACCCUGAGGUGCUGAUUGCAGAGGCUCUGGCUGCUAACGCAGGUGCCCUCAUCACCAGCACAGAUAUCUUAGGCACUAACCCAGAGUCCCUGACACAACCUUCAGAUGGUCAGGGACUUCCCCUUCUUCCUGAGCCCUUGGGAAACUCAACAUCUGGAGAGUGUCUGCUGCUAGAAGCUGAAGGGAUGUCAAAGUCAUACUGCAGUGGAACAGAACGGGUGAGCCUGAUGGCUGAUGGGAAGCUCUUUGUGGGAAGUGGAAGCAGUGGGGGCACUGAAGGGCUGGUCAUGAACUCAGAUAUACUCGGUGCUACCACAGAGGUUCUGAUUGAAGAUUCAGACUCUACUGGACCUUAAUGGAAAGGAAGACUUUGGGCACUGGGACAGUGCAGACUUUAUAUUUAAAAGAUAAAAAUGACAAAAAAAAAAAAUGUAAAGCAUUUAAAAUCUAGUAAAAUAACUGAAGGGCCUGCUCUUUACACAUUGUGGAUCACAGCACACACAUCCUACCCCCUAAACUUCCUAUCUUCUCUCCCUUAAAAAAAAUUGAUGUUGCCUUCACUGGAAUGGUAGAUGAAAAAGAAGCCGCCGCAGCAGCUCUAAAGUAAGGGUUGUCCUCAAACUCGGUUCCAGCCAGCGGCAGGCUUCCUGCUUAUCAGCAGGGCUUCCUCUUCCAGCCUGUAACUCUGAUGUGCUCUGGAUCAGCUUUUAACUCUUCAUAGUGUAUUACUGUCUUCGAAAUCCUUUCCUCCUCUACUGCUGCCCUAUGGUUCUGGCUUCUACCUAUUGCAACACACUUAUCCUCAAAUAUAUAAUCCUAAUCUCUGGAGGCUGGCAGCUUGACUUGGCACUUUAGGGCCCCUUAGCAGAGUGCUGUUAAAACAGUACACAUCUCUCACCCCUCUUCCUCCAUUCCUCACUGGGGUGUGGGAAGGAAGUAUACAUGGGGACCACCUCCCUCCUCUUUGAUGGAUCCCAGCACCUCAGUCCCCCUCCCAAACCUCCAUAUGGCUCUUAAUGGUGCUCACUUGCUUGGAAACAGACCUCCAAGAGGGAGGGGUCUGCCCUCUUCUCAGUCCUUUUGGCUGUUAGGGCUCUGUACUAGUGAGACAGUGGGAAAAGUCCUAGGCUAAGGCAGAAAUUUGCACUUUGAACAUAUGUGUUUUGUGUUGUGGAACCUGAGAUUCCUUAUUUAUUAACGAAAGUCUGAUUUUUUUUGGGGGGGAGGGUCUUCGUUGCUGUACUUUGUGGGGCUGGGAGAGAGUAGAUUAUUCUGACAAUGGGAUCCUUUCCACAAGAGGUACUUUGAAGACAAGGGAUAGGGUUGAAGAAGCACAGCCAGCCUCUAAAAUCAUAGCUCCAGUGGCCUUCGAAGAUAGCUGGUCCUCAGCACUAACAAUCACUACAGCAACCUAGUGCUUUUCUGGAAGCCUUCUUAGGGAAGGAUUGUAUGUUCAUGGUAACUAAUUUGCUCCUUCAGAUUUGUAAGAACAUUGCGAAUUAGGAAUUUUGAGAGGAUGAGGAAUGUUGUUCAGAGUCUGAAUUACAGAUAAAAGAUUUUCUCUUAUAAAUUUAUUUCUUUGCAUAUAUUCCGUCUUUCUGACCUAACUGACCCUUCCUUUGAUUUUUUUUUUUGCUUUGUUCAUUCUAGCUCCCAAUUAGUAAAGACCUGAACCCUGACAUUCAUGAAAGAACAAAAUCUAAGAGUUCUAAAGAUUUAAGUCACAGAAAAUGGCUUUUUUUUUCCCUUUUAGUUACACCUCAAAAGAGAAAAGGCUUUGAUUUUUUGAAAAAUUUAUGAAAUAGUGGCUUUGGCUUUCACCAGAAUUACCACUUCCCUUGGAAUAGGGAUAUAGGUUAUGAAUUGUUUAUUUAUUUAUUACUACUGUCAAUGGGAAACACGGAUAAUGGUUUUUACAAGCUUAUUACUCUCAGGAGUCUAAAAACUUCUUUUGACUUAUUUUGAGAGAAUUAGAAGGGUAAUUCCUAUCCUUCUGUGACCCUCAAAAAUGACAAUUGACAAUUGAAGGUCACCCAGUUGUUUAUUGUCAGAAGUAUAUGAUGGCUGUUGGGAAUCAGUGAAGUCUGGCUGAGAACACAAUAAGGAACAGCAUGCUUUUCACAAACAUGAAAGCUAUGAAAUUUAUCAAUUUUCUCUUGGAUUAAUUUUUUCCCCAAAAAGGGGAGUUGCAAAAUGUAAUCUCUGAAAGAAACUGACUGUACACCCACGAGAGUCUGUUGUUGGGAUGCCAGGGAAUGGGGAGUAAGACACCUACAGUGAACAGUCUUAAAUGCACUAUUGUUCUUUUCAGAGUGCUGCAGAUUUGCCACCUCCCAUGUAAGGGCAGAGAAUGGAAUCAAGAUAGAAAGGAUGUAGCAUAUGCUUUCCUGCUCACAGGGAGGGUUUGCAGUUGAUGGUCUAUUGAGUGGAUUUGAAGAUAUGAUUGAUGGAAUGGGUCUGUAACAGAGUUACUCUACUUACCAUUUCUGAGCCAGCAGUGUGUAGCCUACACUUACUCUUUGUCUUUCACUAUAGGACUUUGCUCCAUAAUUUCACUUGCAGUGGUUACUUAUCAGAUAUCACAGCCACCACAGAAAAGCAAACUCCACUGUAAACAUCUUCUCUUUCUGGGAUGGGGAACAGCAUGUUCUUCCCUGUACUUCACUCCCUUCCCUAUGAAAGCAACUAAUUAGUUCUAAUAAUUAGAAAUUCCUUUUCUCCUAAUUUUUUGGGGGGUUGGGUCAUCUUCAUAGCUAUCAUUUGCUGACCGUAAAUUAUUGUAUCAAUUUGCAAUAAAGUUUAAGAUAUUUUUCAUGGAUUUUAGAUUUUUCUUUUGUGGAAAGAGUGCUAGCAUAGAAAAGAGUCAUCUUAGCAAGCUAAGCCCCAUUUCUUUUUGUUUCCAUGUUUAUUUCAUUGUCCUCCCAAGGAGCUCUUUCAAUUUCAAAAAUCUGUAUUUCAUACUCUUACUCAAAUUUUGUUACCUUUUAAAUACUUCAUUUUGUCCAUCUUGAAUUGGCAGUUCUCAAUGUUGUGAAUAUAGAUGAGAUUAACUACUGUUCAAUGUUACUGGAAGAUGUACUUCCUUCAUGUUUGUGGUCACCUGGGGUAUUUCACAUAGGUAGACAGACGCCUUAAUGUAUUUGAGAGGGAUUAAACAAACACUGGCUGGGAGUCUUGAGGAUAGAGAAAAUGUUUUUUAAGGUACAGAUAAACAUCCAUGUAGAGUGCUUGAACCUCCUUUGUACCUGUUUGGAGAAAACACCAUGAAAUAAACUAUCAGCCUAAGUAAGGUUAUUACAGAGUCACUGAAGUACCAAUUUUCCUUCCUCCUGUCUUUUUCCCAUUUCCCAAUGUACUCAAGAAAAUUGGAAUAUUGUAAUGGAUCAGUUAUAUUUCCUAAAGCCUUUUUUGCCUGUUUAAAAUGUGCAGGACCCUUCUCCUUUGAUGGGAGAGUUACCUGAAUCUAGGUUUAAAAGGUUGUGUAAAAAGAAAUUAUAAUAAAAAGGAUACUUUGCUUUUCAAAA